AUGGCGACAGAUUUCCCUGUUCAGAGUGUUCUGGUGACAGGAUCCAAUUCGGGAAUUGGCCUGGGUCUGGUGAAGCAGUUUCUGAGGCUGGCAACUCCACCUCAGUGGGUCUUUGCUACUACCCUAGACAUGGAUGGACCAAAAACCAAGGUGAGGACCAGGAAGGUAGCAUAAGAGAGUAGUGAUGUUACUACAUUGUAAGAAUGUAAUGUCAGCUUUGCGGGCUGGAUGGGGUUGAUGGGAGUUGUAGUCCGAAACAUCUGGAGGGUGCCCGGUUGGAGAGAAUGCUAUUGGGCCUUUGGUUUCACCAGCAGCUGCCCUGCUCUGGUGUGACUGUUUUCAGUGGCUCAUCUGUGUUGUCCACUGCCUGCCUUCUCUGCUGCUCUCAACACUGCUGUGAUGGGCCAGCAGCUCUCCCAAGGCUGCCAAAAAGCUGUAGUUCACAGUGCUGUCUCUUAGCGGCCAGCUGAGCUGCGAUAUGAUAAUAGUCUUAGAAAAUUACAGCAUAGAUUAAUGGGGAGGGACAUAAAAGAAGAUCUCUAUCACUCUAAUUCCACCUGUAGACUGGUUUGUCCAGCAAUUAUCAUUUUGCUGAAUUAAGUUUCAACACCUUUUUAAGCUGUUUACCAGCAGAGGAGAGUAUUGGCUGUCAGUAAAUAAAUUAAUCCCUUAAACCCUAAGUCAACUCCAUGCAGAAUUUUUAUCUCUUUUAACAGUCUAGUUCCUUCAAACUAACUUUGUAAUAAUGCCAGAAAUAGAUCAGUGUCUAUUUCUACCGGGCUGCCUAACACUCCCUUAUGCCUCCUCAAUAACAUUUCUUUGUAGUGUAGGCUGGGUAUAAUAAUAGAGACCUUAAGGUACGGUUACCAGAUAUCCCCGUUUCCUGGGGACAGUCCCCAGAUUUACAAAUCUGUCCCCGGACAAAAUCCGUCCACAGAAUGUCCUAGAUUUCAUUUAAUGUCCCUGGAUUUAUAUUUUAAAUGUUGUAGAUUUAUUAGUAGGGAAUGAAUGUUGCGUGAAUGGUUCAACGGCACAAGACACAUCAUAUGGGGACUUCUGGUGAGGCAAAAUGGCGGGUGCCACAGCAGCGAGCAGCUCCUGAAGCCAGCCAGAGCCUACUGCGCUACCAGGCUGGCUCUGGGCUGCUGAGACUGCUGCUGCCGCUGCCACUGCCAAGAGGAAACCAGGGAUGCCCGGCUGUCAACUGGGGAAACCAAUGACACCCACACCCACACCCUGGUGACCCAAAUCAAGCCAGGAGCGGGAGCACCCGGCCGAUUGCCCAUCGGCGCUCUGGGGCCAGGAAAACCCCGGAGACAAUGCAGGGAGAAGGAGGAGAGGAGAAGAAGGAAGAGAAAGAGAAAGGAGAAAAAAGAGGGGAGCCCUGACCUUGCAACGCUGCUGCCGCUGCUGAGGAAGACAGGUAGGAGAGCACCGGGGGGGGGGGGCAAGGACACGUGGCCAAGCCCAGGCCCGACCAGAGUGUACUCCACAGUGGCUAGCGCUCCAAGAGAGCAGGCCGGGGCGCAGAGGAAGGCCGCGCGACAGAGACCAAAGAAGAGAAUUUUUGUUAAUACCUUUUUUAAAAAAAAUAACUUUCACCCCCUCUUUAAAAAAAAAAAGUUUCCCCAGAUUCUUUGAAAAAAAUCUGGUAACCUUACCUUAAGGACAACUUUCUGGGGGCCACAUGCUAGUGGUGUGGGGGGUCAGAAGCAAAAGUGGGCCAGGCAACAGAUAUGGCUGCUGCCCUGGUAUAAUAGGCUACAUUCCACUGAUGCAAAAGUCUACAUACACCUCUCUCCAUCCUCCAUCAGAACAAGUAAAAGGCACUGUUACAGUACAAGGGCAUAUUUCCGCCAGGCAAAAGCAUUGAGGAGGGUGUAGAGCAAUGCCAGUGAGGGGUAUGACCUGGUGAGAAAGAGGCUGUGGUCUUGGGAGAGUUACGAAGCCUGCAUAGAGGUGUGCUCCCCCUAUUAAUAUUGGAGAGGAGGAUGUUAUCCUGGCAAGGGUUUGCUCUGAGUGAGAUUCCUAAGUGUCUGUUACUCUGCUAAGCAUUUUAGGAACCAGCUCUAAGGCUCUGGGUCUCUCUUGCUGCCUAGUUCCAGUUUAAUCAAGGAGGUAAAACGUUUCUUUUUUGACAGGAAAUAAAGGAGUUGGCAUGCCAGCAUCAGAAUCUGGUGGUGCUGCAGCUGGGUAAGUCUCAAGUUCCAAGUGCAGGAUGAAUAGACAUUCCCAGCACCAGUGCAAACCAGUAUAGUCCACAAAGCAGUAACUGGAAAACAAGAUGAUUUGCUCCCGUUACAGAAUAUCAGUGAUAAGUACUUUUGAUUCUUCCCACAACUUCAAUGAAGCUUUGAAAUGAGAUGCACCUAUAUGUAGUCUCUGUCCAUAUCGUCACAUAAUAGAUGUGUGGGGAAUGUUUGGCCCACCAUAUGUUGCGGAACUACAACUCCCAUCAUCCUUGGCCAUUGACCAUGUUUUCUGGGACUGAUGAGAGUUGUAGUUCAGCAACAACUGGAGAGCCAUAAAGGAACUUUCCAAAAUGGCUUACCAAAGACAUGAGCUAAUGCAAUCUCUUAUGGGUACUCUACCUUUCUGUGUCUGUGAAUUCUUACAGAGGCAAUAUGACACACAAAGGCAAGGCUUCCAGAACAGGUACCACAACCUGUUGUAUGUUACCAUAGUCCACAGAAUAAAGUUCAGGCACCACCCACUGCUGCACAACCACUUAUUUACACAUCAUUUUUGUCACCUCAAGGGGCAGGGAGGGGGCAGAACAGGGCAGAAGGGGGGCAGAAUGGGUCAGAGGCAGAACAGGGUGGACUUGCACAAGUGCUUCUGCAAAACCCAUACAUAUGUGGGGAUUCCAGUGUACAGUGGUACCUCGGGUUACAUACGCUUCAGGUUACAUACGCUUCAGGUUACAGACUCCGCUAACCCAGAAAUAUUACCUCAGGUUAAGAACUUUGCUUCAGGAUGAGAACAGAAAUCACGCCCCUGUGGCGCAGCAGCAGUGGGAGGCCCCAUUAGCUAAAGUGGUACCUCAGGUUAAGAACAGUUUCAGGUUAAGAAUGGGCCUCUGGAACGAAUUAAGUACUUAACCUGAAGUACUAUUGUACUUGAGACUCCCAGUGGCCUUGUUUAGGGCUCAGCUUUACCUUCUAUGUGUCUAAUUGUCCCAAAUAUUUCAUAAAAAGUAAAGAAUAAAACGUUGGAAGUGAAACUGCACGGAUCAUUCAGUGUAAUUAUGUUAGUGUAAGGUUACCAGAUUUUUUUCAAUGAAUCCAGGGACACUUUUCAACUUCAAUAGGAAUGAUAGGAUUUUGUCAGGGGACUGAUUGUAAAUCCAGGGACUGCCCCAGGAAACAGGGACGUCUGGUAACCUUAUGUUAGUGUUGAAGUCAGUUAUGAACCGGCUGGGUGGAGGUGUUGAUUAGCAAGCAUGCAAAGCAGCAUAAGCAGUUUUCUUCUAUAUGUACCUUUGGCUGAAUGUCUUCUUGCUACAGUAUAUGCAAGGCCUGAACUGAGAGAGACAAAAUAUCCCUACAGCUUUCUCCCUAAAUUACACACAGUAAAGUGUUGCCAAAUUUUUCUCUCUGAAUUCCACCUACAUUAAGUACUUUGGCCUUACAAUUGCCUUGCUUUGAGCUCAUUUUCUGAUGGAGCGAUAUAAAUGUGGUGCAAACAUUUUUAAAAGCCAGGCCUUCACUGUGUUCCCUGUAAACACACACAUACCUCCAUGAUUCAGAGAAGCACUUGUUCUUCCUCCUCAAGUGGACUGUGGUAGCUGCUACGCUAACAAAAAGAGCUGACAGGCCAAGGUGAAAAAUAAGUAGACCGAAAAGCACCUCUCAUCCUUGAAUGGACUUAAUCUGUAAGAUCCCCUAAAGCUAUCCGCCUUGGUAGUUUUAAAAGGGCCUUUUUAUUAGUCCCUUGGGCAUCCCCACACCAGCCAGUUCUUAAGGGCUUAGAAAUGUAGACCUGUCAGGAGUAAGCAUGGACCAAUGGUACCAAAUAGUAUGGGAAACAGCCCUACUAGAAAAAUUAACUAAUAAACUGAAACUGACACAGGGACAAACAGAAGAAGACGCCUUCACCCCGGUAUGGCUCCCCUUUAUCACAUACACAGCCCAACAAGACAAUGACAAUAAUCCACCAACAGCAUACAAAUCAAUAUGGCUAACCUGAUCCAAAACACCCACCCACCUCACUCACACACGAAAACAAAGAUCACCACAGCCAAUCACAAGCAAACAAUCACACCCUAGGCCAACCCCAACCCCUCUCACCACCAAAGGAACACAAGUAACGCUGACACCAAACUCUACAUACAUUAAGCAUAAUAGAAACAUCGCCACCCGACCCCACCCCCAUCCAUCUUCCCUUCCCCUACUCCCCCUUUCUUUUUCCUUUCUUUCUUUUUUUCUUCUUCUCCCCCUAAUGCCUCAACAAAUGAAAUGGAUUUGUAAAAAUGUUAUAUGGAAAAAAAAAUACGAGGCAUUACACUUACUUCGGUAAAACAAGAAAAUCCUUAAUAAAAUAUUAGGGCGGGGGAAAAAAGAAAUGUCAUUCUGCAGAUGUCACAGACCUCCAGAGCAUCAAGGCAGCUGUGGAGCAAGUGCAAAGGUGUGUUGGAGAAUGUGGAUUGAACCUCCUGAUGAACAAUGCUGGUGUUAUUUCUGGAUACGACCUGGAGGAAGAAAAUGCAAAGGACAUGGCAGAUGUAUAUGCCGUCAAUACUAUUGGGCCACUUCAGGUGAGCCAGGUAAGUUUUCGCUUUUCAUGGGGCUGCAAAACCCUUUACUCACUACCUAUUGCCCUGGUAAUAACUGUGAUGUUCUGGCCCUUUGGGAGAAUUAAACAAAAGCAACCAACUGGGUAGGAGAAAAGCAGUAUUUGUUUGAGCAAUUAACUUUCAUGAGCACUUUAAAAAAAGAAUUGCAAACUGAUAUGGAAAUUCAGAGAAUUGAGCUUAAGGUAGGGGAAAUGAUAAACCAACACUGAUAGAUCCACCAGUCGCUGAACAUCAGCCUGGCAUAAAAAUAGGAAUGCUUUCUACCUUUCCUUCCCCAGACGUUUAAUGGGGCUGCUCUCAUGAACAUGCAGACAAUUUUUUUUAAUAGAAAGGAUCAAUAUGGCUACUUUCUGGAAAACAGAUGACAUGAAUGCCUUUCCUAUCUUAGUGUGCUAUGCACACACAUAGUAAAAGAGAGAGAUUGCAGAAGUUGUGGGAGAAGGACAACUUUAAAAUGCCAAGAACCGAACUAGAAGGAAGAAACAUGGGUGAGACCUUAGAAUAUAGGAGCUUCAGGACCUGUGGGGGGCUGCAUAAAAUGAGGCCAGGGCACAGGUUGCCCAGCUGUGUGUUCAAACAAUUCUAAAUGUAUGCUAAGUCUUACGGGACUCCUUGUGCAAAAGUUUAUAGAAAGUAUUUUUGGAUCAGAAAUCCUAAUUCUGCUACGAGCAUUGUUUAUAUAUACCUUUAACUUUAUACAGUGCAUCCAGUGCUUUCCUCCGGUAUCACUGCCCUAAGAUAGCUGCAUUCAUUGACCUAACAACAGCCAUGAUCUCUAUUCUCUUUUAGGCAUUUCUGCCCCUGCUGAAGAUGGCAGCUCAGAGAUAUCCCCAGGAAGGGCUGAGCUGCUGCAAGGCAGCCAUUGUCAAUACCUCCAGUGCUGCAGGCUCCAUGGAAGUUAUGCAUUUAUGGGAAAGCAGGAAGGUUGUUGCCUAUCGCUGCAGUAAGGUACCUUAUGUGAAAUCCAUGUGAAACUGUCUGCUCCCUCCCCUGCCCAGCUGUGACUAUCUUUCCAAAUGAUAGCUGUAUGUGUGCAUCUGCGCAAUAAUCAUGCAUUGCCCACAGAUAAAUGUUGAGAGACAAACUUCUGUUGUGAGGAUGUUGCAUUUUCUAAAACAGUGGAUGGCAUUAAGGGAAGAUAGCAGGAUGUUUUCUACAAAUAAAUAGCAUGUGUACAGUCCUUUUCUUCUUGCGGAACCUAGAACAAACAUUUAAAGCUACAAAUCAGUUAGCAAAAUGAUGCAGCCAACAAGCAUGGGGAACACUCACAAAUGCCUGUCAAAAAUCUUGUUCAAGAGUGGUGUCCAUGAUAGAUAACUUCCAAGUUGCUAGUUUUUGUGUCAGGAAUGCUCAAUGAUGUCUAAUUUCUCUUACAAACCUCUCUGUCUCCAAAUCCUUUCUAGCCACCUUGCUAUCCAUAUUAAGCAGCUCCCCACAGUUCAAUGCACCCCCUGCUCAUGGUUUGUUUUUUCUCCCCUGUAGGCUGCUUUAAACAUGCUCACCAAGUGCCAGUCACUCACGUAUCCAGCUUAUGGGAUUCUGUGUGUUUGCAUCCAUCCUGGCUGGGUAAAAACUCAAGGCAUGCAAGUAAGUGCUCAAGGCUUUUGGUAAUCAUGGAAAUGUGGGCAGCCUAUAGGAUGAUAUUUCUUUUAACAAAUUGCUUGACAUUUUUAGUUGGCUGGUGGUGCCUGAGUAGCUCCAGUGCCCCAUCCUUCACUGGCUGGAGGUAUUAAAAGCACAAGAGCAAGGCAAUGAAGGCAGCAUCUAUGAGUUGGUACUUCUAAUAUCCAAAAUUGCUCCUGGAAAAGCAAGCAUAGUCCUCUGAGGCCUUGCAGUGAACUGCUAUCCUUUGGCAUGCAUGGCCACUUGGUUGUCUUUCAUAAAGCAAUGUUUAAUGUGCAGACUGAAAUCUUAUAACCAAGACAUCUAACAGCAUCUAGGCCUUCUGCUAUUUGAUGCUCAAGAAUGACUUUUUCCGAACUUAAGAAAUCCUUCACUUACAAUAUUUUGCUUCACAGGAGGCGGACCUGACUGUAGAAGAGAGUACACGAGGAAUAAUUCAUGUUCUCUCCACACUUUCUGAGGUGGAUAACGGUACCUUUGUGGACUGGGAAGGACGCAGAGUACCCUGGUGA